AUGGACCCUCGAUACAACACCUACCCACAGCGACAGGCACAGCAGCCUCAGCCCCAAGUAGCACAACGUCAGCACCAACGGUUCUCGUGGCAGGCUCCACUAGAGCCAGACACGAUGCCAUCAGCACAAAGGCUACCAAAACACCAGCAGCAGCCGGCGGUCAACACCAUAGCCCCCCAACAUAGCAGGGGGUUCUCAUACGCUCCGACUCCGAUUGAGCAUAAUGGAUCAGCCUACUAUACAUCAUCAUCGUCGGAAGACCCGGUCCAUCCGUCAUCACCGGUCUUCACACCUAUUGAUGAUCGGCCGCAGUCCAGGUUCGACAUGUUGAACACUCCAGCACGGCGCCAAUCACAACGAGCUUACGCACCCUCGUCUCACCCACAUGACGAAGACGCCCUUCUGUCACCGUCGUCACCGGAAGCCCAGACGCUGCCUUUCAUGUUAGUCGAGUCAUUAGUAGGAGGACAGGACGUAUCGACACCACAAACGCAGCAACCUGAACCAACACCACAGUCUCUAGUGCAACAAAGCAAACAUGCGCGACAGAUGAGCAAUCUAGCACCUAUAAACACAACCUUCACACGACCCACGAUGCCCGCAAUUCCCCAAAGCCCACGCUCUGGCACAGAGCACCAGAAAUCGCCAGGAGCGCUCCCCUACAAGACCCCAAUGUCGCCCAUUUCAGCAGCGCCCAUUCGGAAAGACACACCGAACUCAUCCUACAACUCGCACACACGACACCAGCCAUACCCAGACGAGCCAUACUCGCCACACAACUUCUCAACGCACAACCUCACGACACCGCACGCUAUCUUCUCCCCUGAUGCGGCCCACGGGCCUAACGGACUCGACUUCUCCCUGCACCAACCGGGCCAAAUCCGACACCCCAAUAUGGAUGAUGGCAUGCAGCACACGUGGAAAACCAGCCUGUGCGCCUGCAACAGCGACGUAUCAACCUGCCUGACAGGACUCUUCUGCCCGUGCAUCCUCAGCGGCCGCACCGCGCACCGACUGACACAAAAGAGCAAAAAGGCCGACGCCACAGACAUGCUAGGCUACAGCAGCACAAACGGCCACUGCGUCGCCAUGACGCUAGCAUGCGGUGUCGGGCUGGGCUGGGUCUUCCCCCUGCUGCAGCGCACGCGCAUCCGCCGCCUGUACAAACUGCAGGGCAGCUGCGGUGACGAUGUGCUCAAGGGUUGCUGCUGUUGCUGCUGUGUUGCGGUGCAGAACGAGCGCGAGGUGCGAGGGCGAGAGGAGAGCGCGAAUCGGUGGGCGGGGCCGGCGAGUCGCGAUGUCUACACCAGCGGUGCUGGGAUGGAAUAUAAACCACAGAACUGA